AUGGCUAAUGAACUAAUUGCGUCCGUGUUGUCGUUAGGCUUGUCGAUUGCUUUUAUCCUUAUUAUCGUUGCUUUCGUCGCUCAAGAUGGAGAAUUGGAAGAUAUUCAUUUGAUGAACACUAAGGCACUUAAAACCAUGUGCAAACCGACCGAGUACAAAGAGGCGUGUUAUGAUGGGUUAGCCGAGGUGGCUAAGAACACUUCGGCUACCAAAAAGGACUACCUUUUUGCUACAUUUCAUAAAACCAUUUCGGAACUCCAAAAGACCAUUGGAAAGUCUUCCUCUAUGCGGAAGGAUUUAAAUGGUCGAACCGACGGCUAUGCAAAGCACGCGCGCGAAGACCUCAAAAACUGCGAGAAAUAUUUGGGAUUCGGGAUAGAGGACCUCCAACAUGUUCUUAAAGUUGCACACAAGACAAAAACCAAGACUCUACCAAAACAAGUUGAUCAAAUCCUUGUUUGGCUAACCGCGGUUCGCGCAUACCAAACAACAUGUGUCGACGAGAUCAAAGACGAAAAACUUAAAAAAGACAUGACAAAGAGGCUAGAAAAAGCCAACAAACAUACAUACAAUUCCCAAAAGAUCAUUUAUAAUGUGGCUAAGAUCCUUAAGGGUUUUGGUAUGGAUGUGUGUGAUGACAAAGCCUCGUCAGCCGGUCACCGUAGGCUGCUCGAUGAGGGUCAAGUCAUCGAGCAACACGGAUUCCCAUCGUGGGUCCCGGUUGGUGACCGUAGGCUUCUUGGAGGCGACGAAGAUGAAGAUGAAGAUGAAGAUGAAGACGAAGAUAAAAAAAGUCAUGAACCCGAACCCAAACUCACCGGUCAAGAGUAUUUCAAAUCGCUUGAACCACCACCGCUUGAAAUAACGGUCAAGCCCAAUGUGAUUGUGGCCCAAGAUGGAAGUGGUCAAUUCAAAACCAUCAAAGAGGCAUUAGCUGCCUAUCCACUAGAUCUCAAAGGAAGGUUCAUUAUUUACAUCAAAAGUGGUGUGUAUGAUGAGGGUCAAAUCAUUGUCAAUAGGCAACAACACAAUGUUUAUAUGUAUGGUGAUGGUUGUGACAAAACAAUUAUUACCGGACAAUUGAACCAUGGGUUGACACAUAUUGCACCCUCCAACACCGCAACAUUUGUUGCCGAAGGUGAACGGUUCAUGGCCCGAAAGGUCGGGUUCAGCAACACAAUCGGGCCACAGGGGCAACAAGCGGUCGCAUUUCGAUCUCUUUCACCGCACACGAUCAUGGUCGAUUGUACCUUCGAAGGGUAUCAAGGCACGCUAUACUACCACACCCAUGAUCAGUUUUAUAAAAACUGCGUCGUAUUAGGAACCGUCGACUUCAUAUUCGGAAGCGGUCGGGCUUUCUUUCAAGAUACAAAGAUUUUUAUCCGAAAACCCGAAAACGGUCAAACCAACACGAUCGCGGCCGAUGGAAUGAUGAAGUGUGAGGAGGCAGCAGGUGUAGUGUUUCAAAACAGCCAAAUUAUGGCGGCCCCCGAGGCGAAUGGGGUCACGAAAAGCUAUCUCGGACGUCCGUGGAAGCCGAAGGCGAAAGUGGUGGUGAUGAAGUCGGAGAUCGGUGACGUGAUACAACCCGAAGGAUGGACCAAAUGGGAUUCGCCCGAGGGGAAGGAUAACUAUGAGACGUGUACGUUUAGGGAGUAUGCCAACAAGGGACCCGGGUCAAACACGGAUCACAGGGUUGACUGGUCGGGUUUUGAGGUUAUCAAGGACGAGGGAAACGCCACAAUAUAUUGUGCCGAAAAGUUCUUAGAUGCAGGAUCUUGGUUACCUAAGGCUGGUGUUCCUGUUAAUCUUAAGGUUUAA